GAUUGUUGGGAGGGCAGCCUGCCCUCCCCAAGCAUGCUGGGCCGUGUUCUAUGGUGUGGGUUGCUGACGUGCCAAGUAUGGGCGGCCACCCUGGACUGCGUGCCAGGCAACACCCUGCAGGCCACAACCUUUGCCGAGCUGCAAACCGCGUUCCAAGGUGCCCUGGACACCUGCAUUCGAAUAGACGCUGACAUUGUCGUCGGCAGUACCCUAGGAGUUGCAGCUGGUCGAAUAGUGAAAGCUUUCUCGGAGACCGUGGCUGUUCUUGAUGGUGGGAACACCUUCAGUGGAGGUGUUUCCAACAAUGAUGGUAUUCAAAUUUUUUCCGUUUUGGGCGACCUCAUCUUGGAGAAUCUGACGGUUCAAAAUGGCUAUGCUGCCGCUGGAGGUGCGUUGGAUGUUCAGAGUGGGAGCUUAGAAGCUUACAAUGUGAUCUUUCAGAACAACUUCGCAUCUACAAGUGGUGGCGCUUUGUGGUCUGAUGAUGCUUCCUCCCUCCUAUUUGCAGACUGCAUAUUUCAGAGCAACGCUGCUGGUGGAGUUGGUGGCGGUGCAUGUCAUAUUGCUGAGACUCUGGGGGUGGCAAGUUACAACUUCCAGAGGUGUUGGUUUGUCAGCAAUGUCGCCAGUUCUGGCCAAGGCGGUGCUUUGCGGCUGGAGACGCCUGAGGCCGUUCACAUCGGAUUGGAGAAUGUGCUGUUCAACACGAACAACGCGACCUCCGACAACGACGUGUAUUGCGAUCUGAGCCAACGAACUAGACUGAACUUGAAUGGCUCGGUGCUCGAAGACAUCUCAUACAACUUGCUUUUUGGGACCUGUGUCUCCAGCUGCAAAGACAAUGUUUUCAUUGACUGCGCCGAGGCGCGGCAAAACACCUGGACCUGGACCUCCUCGGCCACCGGCGAUGAAGCUGUGGCCGCCAUGCAGAUUGCAGCCGAUGGCAGUAUCGUGGUGGUUGGCAGCACCCAAUACUAUUUGGGCGGCUCCGAUGGCGCCCUAGAGGACAUUUUCAUGGCACAUCUGGAUGUGGCAGGAAACUUGAAAGGAUCGAAGCUGAUCGAGGGUACCGGGUCGGAUCUUGCAAAUGCCAUGCAGCUCGACUCCUCUGGCAAUGUUUUCAUUGCAGGCUCGACCACCAGCGGCCUCGAUGGCAACCCCAAUGCUGGGAAUGAAGAUUAUUUCAUCAUCAAGCUCAAUAGCGCUGGGGUCACGCAAUGGACCUUCCAGUUCGGUACUAGCAGUUCUGAUGCAGCGCUGGCCCUUUGUUUGGACGGCUCUGGAAACGUUCUGGUGGCGGGCCGUACGCUUGGGGUCCUGGAUUUCUCGAAUCUGGGCAGUGGUGACAUUUUCAUUACGAAGCUGGACACUUCAGGGUCCUCCCUUUGGACCACUCAGACGGGAAGUACCAAUGACGACUGGCCCCUGGCCAUUCAAGCCGAUGCAGCGGGGAAUGCUGUGGUGGCAGGCUACACGGAGGGUGAUAUGGACAACAAUGCCAAUGCAGGCGGCAAGGAUGUCUUUGUCCUGAAGAUCUCUUCUUCUGGCUUCCCCAUCACAUGGGUGUACCAGCUUGGAAGCUUGGAUGAUGAUGUCGCCAAUGACCUUAAACUGGACUCUUCUGGCAACAUCUACGUCACAGGCUACACCAAAGGAUCUAUGGACUUCCAGUACUGGGCCGGUGGCAAGGACCAGUUUAUCCUCAAGCUUGACAGUGCUGGGACGAAUCAGUUCACUUAUAUUCAGGGCACUGCCCUGGACGAAGAGGCCUUCGCAUUGCAAUUGGAUGCUGUAGGUGAUGUGGUGAUCGCUGGCCGUGCCUCGGGCGGCUUGGAUGGCUAUCCCGUGGUUGGCGGCUCCGAUCUUUUCUUUCAGAAUGUCGAUGGUGUAAACGGUUGGCACCGCUGGACGCGCAUGCUUGGAACCACAGGUGACGACUCGGUUUUGGAUCUUCAAAUCGAUGCUUUUGGCAAUUAUGUCAUUGCCGGCUAUGUGAAUGGCCAGUUGGAUGGCAGUGCUUGGACAGCUGCAGAAGGGCAAGAGGCCUUUGUCAUGAAGGCGGCCAACCACGGCCAGAACCCAUUGAGUUGUUACUUUUGCUUUCCGUGCUACUACUGCCUCAAGGGGCAGCACCUUCCUUCCUGGUUUGAUCCCACCGUCUUUGACCGGGGUAUGGACUGUCAAAGUUGCUCGGCCGGGCAGUUUCAAGCAUUGGACACUGGAAAGUUCUACUGUGAUGAUUGCCCCAAAGGGACAUAUCAACCUGCUGUGGGCAGUUCUGAAUGCCUGAGCUGCCCAACUGGAACUGACCCUGCUGGCUCGUCAUGUUGUCUGGGCUAUGGGCUGAUUGGAUCCACGUGCUCGAUAUGCAGUUUUGGCUAUUAUGGGCAGAAUGGCGCUUGCUUGGUGUGCCCCGCUGGAACCUACGCCGAAGAGGAAGGUUCUGCGAACUGCACGGAGUGUGCUCCAGGGAAGUUCUUAGAUGAUGAUGGAAUGGACUGGAAACUUCAUAUUCUGGAGCUUGCAUGUAGUUGGUGCCCUUUGGGCACCUAUUCCAACACGUCAGGCAGUUCAUCAUGCUGGCCUUGUGCGCCCGGAACUUUCAAUGCAGAGCUGGGCAAGACCGAAUGUACGACCUGCACGCGGGGUGUGGCCUACGCUCCCCAGUCCACGGCCUGUGAGCUGUGUUAUUCCGGGAGUGGGCCGAAUGACCAGCGAGAUGACUGCCCUGCUUGUGACCCAGGCUUCUACUCCACGAGUGGCACGUGCGAAGCCUGUGCUGCAGGGAGGUUUCAAGAUAUGGCAGCGGAGAGUCUGUGCUAUGACUGUGGUCCUGGAACCUAUUCGAAUGGAACCACUUGCCUCUUUUGCCCUGCAGGAAAGACUAGCUCGACAGCGGCAACAUCGUGUUCCGAAUGUCCGCGUGGGAAGGCCGCCAAUUCUGGGGAUCCUCAAUGUGCCUCCUGUGACCCAGGAACCUAUGCAGUUGCUGGAAGUGAAAAUUGCACCCUUUGUGAUGGAGGGAGCUUCUCAAUAUCACAGGCUUUUCAAUGUACAGCUUGCCGGCCAGGGACCGUGUCGGCUCCUGGCUCUCCAGGCUGCUCUCCUUGUGGGGACGGGCAGAUCCCCAACGCAGCACAAGACAUGUGUGUCGACUGUCCAGCUGGGAAGAAGAGAGAUGCCGCGAAGGAUUUGUCCUGCGUUGCUUGUGGCGUCGGCGAAUUCUCAUCCAACGCCUCUUGGACAUGUACUCCCUGUAGCUUCGGGACCUACAGCCUUGCGGACAAGAGCGGCUGCGGUUUGUGCCCCGCAGGGAAGUUCGCCCCGAGGUCCAGUGGAAGUUGCAACUUGUGUGCGGCCGGAUCGAUCCCCGACAUGUACCAAGAAGCCUGUGUGGAGUGCUAUGACGGGGAAUAUGCACUGGCAGGGAACGCCACGUGCACUCUUUGCGAGCCUGGAAAAUACAAUGUAAGGUUUGGCCAGUCCGAAUGCACAGAUUGCCCUGUGGGCAAGUACGUGAACUUUUUUGGAGCAUAUUUUGCUUCUGAUUGCAUGGAUUGCGUGGGGGAAACCACCGCAAGCGCAGGUUCCACCAACGCUAGUGACUGCAUUGUGCCCGACUCCAACCAGGUCUUUGAAUGUGUCGCAGGUAAACCUUGCACGAUUUCCAACUUCACAGGCAUUGGAUUGGUCGAGAAGCACUCGGUCAUGGCCAAGGAAGAGUGGUGCGGGGGCCAGGUUGGCGGUGGUGGCAGCCCGGGUCCUUUCUUGAAUGGCUCACUCCCCUUCGCACGCCGUCUUUAUGGCUACUCCGACGCGCCGGUGAGCGGCUUCGGAUCGGAUGGGCGGUCCGGGCGUGGGAGCACGAACUACACCUGGGCGGGCACGCUCUCGGCGAACCCUGGGAACUAUACACUCUGUUGGUGUGGAGGGCUUAGCAAGACUUGCUCGGAUGGUACCGCCUAUCUCUUUGACGUGGGAGUGAUUUGGGUCGCAGGGCCCUUGAGCGGUCAAGAAUUUUUCUGUGUGAAGGGGCAAUAUUGUGAGAACAAAGGUCCAAUAAGUGGGGUGGGCUUUACAGCUGAAGAUCAAAUCUGGGUUCGCGAUGGCUGCACCAUUGACUUUGCUCGUGCGAGCGGGGUUCAAGCCUCAGUGCCGGCCCAAGUUCAAGCACUGGUGGGAGGCAAUGGGGAGUUAGACCUCUAUGCCAGCAUGGGCUUUAUUGCAGAGGUGCCAGUUGGGUACUAUAAAGCUUGCUGGUGCUCGUCCAAAGGAGAGAAUUGCAGCAGCAUGGAUCUGAGCCCAAGUGCAACUAGCUCCUUGUAUUUGGAAUAUGAGGCUGCAACCAUGGUCAUUGAAGGGCCUGGCACAACUGCCGAGGUCGAAUGCUUCGUGGCGCAGCCAUGCUUAGUUGAUUUGCCCACGACUGAGGGCUGGUCGGUGAAUUUAAAGGGAGGUGACCGACUGUCGGUCCUGGAGCAGUGUGGGCAAGGGAGUCUCCUUCGAGGACUGCCUGGUGUUGGCAUUGCGGAGACUUUCGAUGGAUACUCCUUCCAGUUCAACCAGGAAUCUGACACAAGCAUCUACUUGGAAUCCGACCCUGGUUAUUUCCGCUUGUGUUGGUGCCGGCCCAACAAUGAGACAAAUAUUCCAUGCAACACCUCUGCCGAGUUCAAUGUCGCUGCCGGGCUCUUCAUUGCGACCGCGCCCUACUCGGGGCAAUCCUAUCAAUGCCACAUAGGAUCCUCAUGCAUCUUCACCAGUUCAGACUUCCGGGGCGUGAAUCUGGCGAGUGGCGAUGUGGUCUUGCCCUUGACCACCUGCGGGGGCAGCAGUUUGACAGCUGCAUUCCCUAGGUUUCAGCCCGUCCGUAGCACUGUGAAUGGGAGUGGCUACUACUACCACCUUGGCGAUUUGACGGAUGACGUUUUACCAGAACGGGUGGAGGUCUGUUGGUGCUCAGCCCGUUCGACCAUUUGCAACCAGCAAGUCGGCUUUCGGCGGAUCGUUUUGGAGCUCUAUGUGGUUUGUCCACCAGGGAAGUACGAACUUCCAAUCAGCACCAGGAAGUGCCAGGAAUGUCCGGUUGGAUCUUAUUGUCCUGGGGGCUGGCCUGCUCGGCUUGAGUCAUGUCCAGCUGGAAGCACCUCACCCCGUGCUUCAAGCACUUCGGACCAGUGCCUUUGUCGAGCUGGCUAUUUUUGGGAUUCCACCGCUGGUGCCUGCUUGACCUGUGCCAUUGGCUCCUUCAAGAACUGGGUUGCAAGCAGCAGCUCAUGUCCCAUGUCAUGCCCCAAUGAGACCACCAGUGCUGUGGGCGCUGCCAGUGUGUGGGAAUGCUAUUGCACCGGUGAUGCCAUUGAUACCAACCCCCAGCUCGACAGCUUCACCUGCACGGACUCGAUGCAGUUGUUCGGCAAUUCCAGCGAGACGGACCACUUUGCUGCCACGGAAGCCUCGGUUUUCUCCUUCAACCAGACCUUGAGGGUGACGGACGCAUCCACGGAGACAUUGGUGGCCGAAAUUCGGCAGCAGCUCAGCCAAUUCCUAGAGUUGACCCUGGCUAGCCGAGCUUACAUUGAGUUGGCCGUGCGCCUGGACACGAGCUGGUAUGUGGACUUGACAGUCUGGAGCUCAGAGCGGCCAAUAGCACACCAGCUGCAGAAUAAGUUUGAUCCGGAGCCCUUUGCGGCAUGGAUUUCGUCCAGCGCGAUCGGAACGGCCCUGGACUCAGCCCAAGGUGUGAGUCGUUCAGAGGUGGAGGUUGUGACCCUCCAAUGCCCUGAUGGGCUCGGGCUGCGAGCAGGUCGCUAUGUGAGAGGGAUGCAGGAUUGCCAGUGCCCCCACGGCAUGCAGCCGUCAGUUUCUGGCAGUCCAGGUCUGGAGGAUGGAUGCACCAAGUGCCCCUUGGGAAGUUACAAAUCCUCCGUGGGGGACGUGAGCUGUCAGCCUUGCCCCGAGCCCCUGACGACCACGGUGGACGGAGCCGUGGCCUACUCGACCUGCCGAUACAUUUGCACGCCGGGUUUCUACAACAACGACCCGAAGGUUCCCACGAGCUGCGUGGAAUGUGGUGUGGGCGGCUAUUGCAUUGAUAGCAUCCGUACCCCUUGCCCGCCCUCCGAGAGCACGGUGGAUGCCACAGCGAGUUCCAUCGGCGAAUGCCUUUGUGCCAGCGGCUCCCGGUUUGAAAUUGCGGAGGAAACUGCGGACGAGUGCUUGAAUUGCACCGCCGGGAAGUUCAAGGCGCUGGUGGGUGACCUGGAUUGCAUGGAUUGUGAGGCUGGAAGGUCUUCGGGUCCGGGACAGUCUGCCUGUGAUAUCUGUGACCCAGGGCGCUAUGCCACCAAGGGCUCGGCCACUUGUGAGCCGUGCCCUCCGGGGCGAUAUCUGGAAAGCGAGGCGGCCACUUCCGUGGACGCCUGCGUGAGGUGCCCCAUUGGAACUUGGGGGAAUGAGACUGCAGCAGCCUUGGCCUCCACCUGCAUGCCUUGCAUCUCAGGCUCCACCACCGAGUCAAGGGGAUCCGAUGACGAAAGCUUCUGUGUACGGCCUGAUCCAGAUCAACCUCGAGAAUGUGUUUCAGGACGGCUUUGUACCAUUGAGGGGAUUACUGGCAUCAGCCUUCGCGAUGGGCAUCGGAUGGCGAUCGUGUCCUCCGAGUGUGGCCCUGGGAUGGCAGCGGUCUCCAACAUUGCUGGGAACGGCAUUUCCACCCGUGCGCAGCAAAAUGGCAGCAGCUACAAGUGGGGCAAUGCCGAGCGACGCUUUUGUCCCACCGGCGGUGUCUACAACCUCUGCUGGUGUGCCAACAUGGGAACCACAACAUGUCCCGACCUCAACAACAACUUUCUUCUUUCAGCUGGGCAGCUGAUAGUGGCUGGGCCCUUCAUAGCUCAACUGGAAUGUUUACGGGGUUCCGAUUGCCUCGAUCUGCCCUUCGAGGGCUAUCAGCUCCUGGCCAGCGACUUGGUCGCCGUGCGGCGCGAGGGCUGUGGAGGUGAGGUCGUGGCCCAGAUUUCGACCAUGAACACGGACGGGGUAGGCAGCCUGUCCUCGAACACGUCCAAUGGCAUUACGAACUUUUUCCUGGGCUUCGGAGUCUCAGAUGGGCAGUUGAACUUUCGGCUUUCCAUCGAUGCCAACAAUGCGGGAUAUUACCUGUGUUGGUGUGCCAGCCAAAGAGGUCAGCAGAAUUCCUGCGCCAAUCCAGCGGACUACAAUGUCCCUGCUGGCCGCUUCCGCCUCACUGGGCCCAAUGUGAACCAGGAAAGUGCAUGUGCCGUGGGCCAGGAGUGCGCUGUGAUAGGCAUCCGAGGCGUGAGCAUGCAAAGUGGAGACCGCUUGAUGAUCUUGUCCGACUGCGGGAAAGGCAAACCCAUUUCAGGAAUGCCUGCCAACGGGAUCUUGGAGACUUUGGAUGGCAGCGAUUUUGCCUUUGCAAGCAACGGGAGCAGUAUCCUCCUCUCCGUGCCAGGCAUUUUCCGUAUUUGCUUUUGCCGACCCGUCCUUGGCCAAGGUUGUGACACAUCCGCGGGCUUCCAAGCCAAAGUCGGCUUGAUGACGGCCAGUGGGCCCUUUGAGCAGACGACCGUUUGUGAGUUGGGUAGCAAUUGCACCGCUGAAUUCUUUGGCGUCGGCUUGGACAUAGGUGACCGGCUCCUAUUCACCUUUGGUGCCUGUGGCACUCCGGGUGGGCUCCAUGGUCAAGGCUAUCCAGCCUUGCGGGAGCCGCUUCUCCUGGAACAAGGAACCAGCCUUCAGGUGACCUUGGGCGAGCUGCCGUUGACAGCGAAUCCAGGGCUCUUCUCCAUGUGUUGGUGUGUUAAGACGGCCUCCUGCAUCAACGAGACUGAGUUCCAAGCGCCGGCUGGGCAACUGCAGGUGGAUUGCCCUGCUGGGACCUAUGCAGUCGGACCUUCUUCAGGCCAGACCUGCGAGAGGUGCACGCGGGGUUACUACUGCGCGGGCGGGCGGCCGCAAGUGGCUGCGCGCAUCGCGUGCCCAGAGGGACAGAUCACGCUGGCCAUGGGUUCGGUGAGCAUCGAUGCCUGCGUUUGUGCGCGCGGCUACCAGUACGACGUGAGCUCCAGAAGUUGUGUCGCCUGUGAGGUGGGUUCCUACAAGAGCGCGGCUGGGAAUGCUGACAGCUGCCAGCUGUGCCGCAGUGGCUUUAGCACCUUCAGCACUGGAUCCCUCGCUGAUGCAUCCUGCCUUCCGCUCGCGGUCAUCGAUCCGUCCCUGGCCGCCACAGAUGGCACCGGCGAUGGCACCGGCGAUGGCACCGGGAACGAGUCCAACGGCUCCAACGCGACCAGCACCGGCGGGACGAUCAUUGGCCCACAAGAGCAGUUGGAGGUACCGGCCGUCACCUUCAACAUGUCUCUGGGCAAUGUGCCGCCCAGCGACGAUAUUGAGGAACUCCGGGCACAGCUCGUUAUCGUGUUCCGAAGCACCGUCGCGGUAUCCACGCGAAGCACCCCUGACGCGAUCCGAGUGGAGAUCUUUGGACUCGAACAGCUCAGCAAUAGCACGGCCGGGCGACGAUUGUUUGGCCUGUUGCCGGUGGCGACCGUCACCAUCAACCAACGGACGCACGAUGAAGCAGUUCAAGUCUCUACAGAUCUGGAUGUGAACAUCCUCUCAAGUGAGAUUGUGGCUGCUGUCGAGAAACACCCGACCUUGAGCCAGAACAACUUCUACCUUAUUGCGGAGGCGGCGGUGUCCAUCACAAACGCCGUGGUGAUAUGUCCAGCUCACCAGUCAGUGCCACCAGGUUUUCCCGUUGUAAGUGAAGAAGAUUGCAAGUGCAGCCCUGGAUAUGGCUAUGACUCUGCAUCAGCCUUGUGCAUGGUGUGUCGUGAGGGCGAGUACAAGGAAGCCACUGGGGACGUGAUUUGCACCAAGUGCCCUGCGAACAAGACGACGCCGGAAAGAGGUUCCACAUCCGCUGGUCAGUGUGACUGUAUAGCCGGCCUCACGCGCUAUGCGGAUGACACCUGUGGCACCUGCCCCAUUGGCUUCUACUGCCCUGGAUCGGAUGGGAUCAGCAUCCAGUGCCCUCCGAGCUCCACCACCAUCACUCAAGGCAAGCAGAAAUCCGACUGUGUUUGCGUGGCGGGCUAUAGCAAGAACAACAUCGCAGACGAUCCAUGGUGCGAGCCGUGCCCCCGGCGGAAAUACAAGGAAUUCAGCGGGAAUUCGGGAUGCACUCUGACCUGCCCCGCGGGGUCCGAUAGUGAAGAAGGCUCCACCAGCUUGAGCGACUGCUAUUGCAAUCCCGGCUUUCAUGCCGACUUGGAUGACCUGGAGCAGCUGGAAGCAUGCAAGCCCUGCAGCUCCUACACAGGCCUUGUCUGCCCCGGCGGUUUUGAAGAGAAUGGGAAUCUCAGCAACGGGGAGAGGGUGCAUGUGCAGCCAAGAGCUGUGUCCGGAUAUUUUCAGACAGGGCUCUCCUCAGCCCAAGAGUGUGCUGUUCUUUUAAGCAAUGGCACCAGCACGUGUGGUGGUGGCGCUGCCUGCGUGGCCAUACGUACCUUUCAACCAGCUCCGUGGGGCUGCCACGGCACCUAUGGCAAUGCCUGUGCAGAAGGUGCCAGCGGCAUGCUUUGCGGCGAAUGCUCCGAGGGAUGGGCCAGGGAGCAGUACCCACAGCAGUGCCUGCGCUGUUUUGAGCUCUCCUCUCUUUUUCUCACCGGCGCCAUCCUGUGGGAGAUCUUUCAGAAGGCUCUCUUCAACUUCGUGGUGGCCGCAAUGGCGGCCACGGCCGCUGUGAAGGGCAGCACGAAACUGCACACCUCUAUGAUCCGUAUUGCCUCCCAGUUCCUCGCUGCCUGUUCAGUCCUCACACAGUUCAACUUGGAGCGGCUUCCUGGAUUUGAUUGGGCCCAACGUGCGGAACGCAUGAAGUUGGAGACCGCCUGCUCCGCCUCCAAUGCGACGAACACCAGUGGCUGCGACACCCAGCAGGAGAUCAAGUUUCCCUGGCCGGAAAACGUCACCGCUGCCUUGCGGGAGAUCUUUUCGGUGAUGAAUAUUGCGCCUCAAUUGGCUUCCGUGGACUUCCAGAUCCAAUGCCAUGCAGAGGAGUUGCUCCCGGGCGAUCAGAUGGGGAAGAACUUGGCACCUGCGAUCUAUUACAUCUCCAGCCCCCUGCUGGCCAUGUUGAUGGUCAUUUUGCUGUGUGGCUUUAUCGCGCAUGUGGUGAUUCCUCUGGGCCACCGCUACGGUUUGGCGUUCAACAACGUGGCACAAGCGGCACAACAGAAGUCUAAGGCGGUUGAGAAGCUGAAAAUGGCCAUGGAAGGCCACCUGCUGGACUAUGGACUCACCUGGAAGGAUGUAGAGGACUCCCAAAUCUUGGAGGAUCAUUCUGAGGGAACCCUGCACCACGCGGCCAUGGAGCCUGAUGAGUUCAUCACAGGUGGCUUGGCUUUCCGCAAGCCCUUGGCUGUGAAGAUGUGCUUACACUUUUUGGAGGUGGACUCCUUAGCAGCAAAGCUGAUUGCAGCGGCAGGGUUGUCGUGGGAGGAGUUUGCGGAGAACCCAAGCUUCCUGGUGAUGGAGCUCGAAGCGGAGGAUGAAGGUCUUCAAGCUGGAGCGACCGGGAUGAAACUCCCCGAGCGUCUUCUCAAGACAUUCGUCUUGCGCGCUUUGGUUUGGAAGGUCAUGGCUAAGUACAAGCAGCCAGCGGGGCAGUUCGUAGAAAUCGAGUUGCUCGCGAAUGCUGUGGCAAAACACCAAGAAUCCGUGGCGGAUUUUCAGAAGUUGGCCGCCAACAAGAUGCUUUUUGACUCCUCGGUGCGUCAUUGUGGGAGGCUGCUGAGGGCGGAGAUGCGGGACAACGAAGACGUGGCCGAAAAGCAGGAGGCGGACGCGACUGAGGAGGAGGAGGAAUUGGAUCCAGCCAUCUUGGACUUUGGGCUCUUCACUCCUAGGCCUGGUCUCUUGGAGCUCAUCCGCCUCUCACAGCCUGUCUUCUGGGUGUUGCUCCUCAGCAUGUGGCCUGAGCUGCUAUCGAAAUUUCUUCAAAUGGUCUGGUGUGCGCCAAUCUCGGGGGAUGAUGGGGAGGGGCAACUUCUGGUCGAGAUGCGUCUGCUGCCUCAUCCUGAUGUCGUUUGCUGGAGUUAUGACCAUCUUUCGAUGGCGGUGAUUGCGUGCAGUGGAUUGUUUAUUUGGUGCCUUGCUACUCCGCUCGUCCUGUUCCACCAGAUCUAUCGGCUGAAGGACCGCCAGAACCCUGAGAACUUCAGGAGAUAUGGCUACUUCAUUGAAGGCUACGAGCCGAAGUUCUGGUGGUGGGACAUCCUGGUGAAGCGUGUAGACAUUGGCUUGAUGAACAUUGUGACCUACACCUCCAUUGCCAAUGAUGAGAAAGCAAAGCUUUUGCUCUUCCCUUUCGUGUCCGGCUGCAUGCUUGCGGUUGCUGCAUGGUAUCAGCCCUUUGCAAAUACACAAGCCGAAAUCUUGGACUUCCUGGAGAUGUGCCUCUUGAGCUUUCGCUUCUUCUUCUUCAGCAUGAUUGCGGUCUUGCUGAUCUUUCAUCCCAGCACGAACCUUACCUUCGGGGUGGCCGUUUUUUUGGCCUGCUUGCUGGGGGCCUUCUGCCUCUAUUUCUGCCUGCACAUUGUCCGCCAGCUGCUGCGGCGUCCCCUUGACGGCCCUGGUGAUGACAGCGAAGAUGACGUGCCUGAGGACGAGGACAAGAAAAAGAAGGCCGCACCAGAGCCGACGCCACAUAAGAAGAGCGGGCUGAGGCGCUUUGUAGGAGCUUUGAUGCGCCUGGUGCAGCCCUUCCGGGAGGCUGACGACGAACAAGUUUUUGUGGAGUGGUCGAUGGACGAUGACUCAUGCCGUGUGGUCUAUGCCAGCGAGAUUCUUCACCGCCAGAAGAAGAGAGGCAGACUCAGGACUACAGUUACUUCGUGGGCCAAGGCCGCGCGGUCUCAGAUUUUGCGGAUGGGCCCUGUCUUCCAGAGGCGCACGAUUGCCAAGGCCUUGGACGAAUUCACGGCGUUGUGGUUGGACGAGAUUGGUGAGAGCAGCCUGCCGGUGGACACGGUCCAGGUCCUUUGCGCCUUGACCUCUUCAGUGAAGGGAGUGCCCAGCAAAACGCCCAAGAAGAAGCUGGCCGCCAAGUGGAGGCAGAAGGUGGAGGACCUGCUGCAUCAUCAUCAUAUCUUCCACAAGGACGACGAGGAGGGAGCAGGCCACCGCGCCAAUGUUUGGCAUUUCAUGCCAGAUGAGAUUCUGGACAUGACGCAACGCCUGGGCAAGCUCUCAGUCGAAGAUGCCCUAUUCCUGGUGACCGGCGCGCAGAGUGCCCUCCAGGCCUAUCGUAUGAGACAGGCGAAGACCGUGAUCAUUCGAGAAACUCCGGAGGAGGAGGAGGAGGAUGCUGAUGUCAAUGAACCCACAAAUGAAGAAGGUGGGGGAAGUGAAGAAGGACCAACAACCAGAGACAAGGGGGUGCAGACCACCUUGAGCUCAGCGAAGAAGAAUCAAGCCGAGAAAGCCAAACAUGAAGAAGAUGAAGACCUUGCAGGUGACGCUCUGGUCGCCGAGGCGGGCCCCGCAGCGGAAUUGGCACCACGCCACCCCACAACCUCGAGCGCCCGGGGACGGUCGCCCUCCCCACACGAGGAGGGCAACCAGAACCAGCUUGAGUCUCAGGAAAGCCUGAGGAGUGUGGUUCCUGAUGUGGAGGGGCCUCGGCAGCUGGACCACCUGUGAAUGCGAGGGAAGAGGUGUGAGGACGACCUGGCGAGGCUGCGGAGAAGCUGCGCGGUCCGGAGUUUUGUGUUUGAAGGACAUGCGAGGGCGUGUGACCUCAGCUCAGAAGCACUGAGGCUUAGUUGACAUCCAGACGCGCCAUAGGCGAUAGUGGUCAGUGUAUAUAGUUAAUUGGCGUACCCUCAUUGAGAAGAGCACAUCGAUGUCGGUCAAAUGAUUUUCAACCCAUGUUUCUCUUGCCUUCUAUUUGUGCUCCUGCUGUCGCCACCAGAGAGCGGGGCAGAGACUUCUAUGUGCUAGAUGUUGUGAGGGUGGCAGAGCCCAAUUCAUUUUUCAGAUGGGAGGUGGUUGCCGC